GCACUAUGCAGCUCAGCAUCUGGCGACACCGCUCAGUCAUUUUAUGAGGCGGACCACUUCGUGGCUGAGUUGCUGUCGUUCCCAAUCACUUCCACUUUGCUAUGAUAGCACUGAAAGUUGACUGGAAUAUUUAGGAGUGAGGAAAUUUCACGACUGGACUUGUUGCGCAGGUGGCAUCCUCUCACAGAACCAUGCUGGAGUUCACUGAGCUCCUGAGAGCGACCCGUUCCUUCACAAAUGUUUACAGAAACAGUCUGCAUGCCCCAGUGCUUGAUUUUAUACACCUGUGGCCAUGGAAGGGAUUGGAACACCUGAAUCUAAUUACUUGGAUGGUGCAUGUGCAGAUGACGUCAUUAGCGUGCGUCAGCAGCAGAUCUGCCGGCAGCAUGAAGCGGCUCUGUAGGACCGGACUGACCUUGCUGAUCGGAGCGGGAUUCGGAGCCUCUGUAAACCGCUUGUUGAGCUACAGAGGCCGACAAGAGGAGGAGGGUGAGCCCGGUCUGUUGAGUCGGAUCCCGGUCCUUCCGGUACCGGGUGUUCCGUCAGUCCAUGCCUCCGAGCUGACGGUGAGUCCAGGUGGAUCAGGAGCAGUUAUGAAAUAUGGCUUCCCCUCAUUGGCCAACAUCAAGACCAGAGAGUCCUACGUUACAUCAUAUGAUCCACGCACACGCACUGCAUCAUGGGUAAUAGAGAAGCUGAACCCUGCCUCUCUGACGGGCACAUCAGACAGGAAGUACUGCGACUUCAAAGAGGACGACAGCGUUCAUGCUUUCCACAGAGCCACGAAUGCUGACUACAAGGGGAGUGGCUUUGACAGAGGUCACCUGGCUGCUGCAGCCAAUCACAAGUGGAGUCAGAAAGCCAUGGAUGACACGUUCUACCUGAGCAACGUGGCUCCACAGAACCCCCACCUGAACCAAAACACCUGGAACAACUUGGAGAAGCUCUGCCGCACUUUGACCAAACGAUACCUAAAUGUCUACGUCUGCACCGGCCCGCUUUACCUGCCCAGGCAAGAAGCUGACGGUAAACUCUACGUACGAUAUCAAGUUAUUGGACAAAACCAUGUUGCCGUACCAACGCACUUCUUCAAGGUUGUGAUCCUGGAGCAGGCGGACGGCCGGGGAGUAGAACUUCGCUCGUACGUGUUACCAAACGAACCAGUCGAUGACAAGGUUCCUCUGGAGCGUUUCCUGGUUCCCAUAGAAACCAUAGAGCGGGCAUCAGGACUCCUGUUUGUUCCAAACAUCAUGAAGAGGACCAGCAGCCUGCAGGCCAUCAGCUCCAGAUGAACUACAUCACCCACAAUCCCUGGCUGCUGUCAAGCUGCUCAACCACAAUCAUGUCUGUUUCAUGUGACUGAUCAAUACAACUGUGACAUAUUUAUUGAAUACAAACCACUUCACAUGAUAGACUUCUUCCAAGAUCAUUGAUGUUUAAAUGUUUAAACUAAUAAAUAACUAAAUAUUGAUCUUCUUCACAGUCCGAAGUCCUGAAGUAAAUUCAGGUAAUUGAACUCUGACCAGCAGAUUAAAUGAUUUCUACUUGA